AUGCUCCCACACUUCCUUCGCUCAAUAUCCUCAACUCAAAAACACAAAACAUCUGCUGCACUCAAUGCAGUUUUUGAACACAAUCCACCGUUAGAUACUGCCCAUGCUCACUGGUGGCCACCUAAAAUUCAAAAUACACCACCCAAGUGUGUGCUGCUUUUUGUACCCGGGAAUCCGGGACUCAUAGAAUUCUACACACCAUUCCUCGAAGCUUUGUACAACAGGGACACCAGCGGACGACUCGCCAUCUUAGCUCAUGCCCACAUAGGCCAUACUCCUGGCGUUGGCUCUGCCAAGUCAGACCACGGUCUGACGUCGCAAGUGCAAAGCGCCAUAGAGGCUUUCGACGCACUCCAGUCAGCGUAUCCCGCCGACACCAAGAUUGUAUUGAUUGGACAUAGCGUAGGCUCCUGGAUAUGCUCACAGGUUCUCAAAGCGCGUACAGAAAAUGUACACGCAGUCUUUUUGCUUUUCCCGACGCUCAGCUACAUUGGCGACACCCCAAAUGGCAGAAGGCUUUGGAGAAUUUUCACUCCGACUGGUCGAUGGAUUGUAUCCAAGCUCGGCCAUCUCGCAAGACUGGUACCUGUCCAAGUCCUGGGCCGUCUGUUUCCUGAAUGGCCAAGUAGCCAACUAGAAGUGCUAAAGGACCUCGUCGGGGAUCCUAGGAGCAUCGUGGCCGCUCUUACAAUGGCCAGUGAUGAAAUGCACGCCAUCAAAGAACUAGACGUGGCUCUUUUUGAGUCGUGCAAGGGCAAGCUUCGUUUCUACUACGCCGAGCGUGAUGAUUGGGUUGGGGAAGAACGGGAACGCGUUCUCAAGGUGCUCCACACAUCAGAGUCAGGUAUACCCGUGGAAGUCGUUCACGAUGAACACGGAAUCCCCCAUGCGUUCUGUAUCAUGAACAACUGGCAGUCCAAUGCUCUAAAUGGCUGGAAGGGUUAA